UUCCAUAAUGUAAAUGUAUCUUGCUCUUUUUUUUUCCAUUAAACCUUCGGCUUUGGGCCAUGAACCCUAGAGGAUCUACCAGGACCGCUAUAUCCUUAGUUUGGAUUUAGAUUCCCCUUUUGCCGGGACUACUGCAGCAGUGGCUAGUUGUGGUGGCGGCGGCGGCUGCGGCAGCGGUGGUGGGAGGACCUUACCAGCUUGGAACACGGGGUUAACUUUACAAACGCCACCAUGAGGAUAUCCACCACCUCCUGUCUCUGUCCCUUUCUGGUCUGCCUCUGUUUCAUCCAGAGGUGUUAUGGGGCAAGCCACCACGUCCCUGCCAAAGUGCCCUCCAAGAACCAGACCAAAUUGGCCAAUGGGGAGACGGAGGUGCACCACCGACCCAAACGCGGCUGGAUCUGGAAUCAGUUCUUUGUUUUAGAAGAACACAUGGGACCAGAUGCACAGUACGUGGGAAAGCUUCACUCAAACUCAGAUAAAGGCGAUGGAUCCGUCAGGUACAUUCUGAGCGGGGAAGGAGCUGGGACUAUAUUUAUCAUCGACGAGGUGACAGGAGAUAUUCAUGCCACUAAGAGUCUGGAUCGCGAGAGGAAAACACAUUAUGUCCUGCAUGCACAAGCCUUGGACCGCAACACAGAGGAGGCGUUGGAACCAAAGUCGGAAUUCAUCAUCAAAGUACAAGACAUCAAUGACAAUGCACCCAAAUUUCCAGAUGGACCCUUUGUAGCUACGGUGCCUGAGAUGUCUGAAGUGGGCACUUCAGUGUUGCAAGUCACGGCGUCUGAUGCUGACGAUCCCACCUACGGAAACAGUGCCAGAAUAGUCUACAGUAUUCUACAAGGACAGCCAUAUUUCUCCGUCGACCCCAAAACAGGAAUCAUCAGGACUGCCUUAUCUGACAUGGACCGGGAAGCCAGAGAACACUACACCGUUGUUAUCCAAGCCAAAGACAUGGCAGGCCAGGUCGGAGGCCUCUCUGGCUCCACCACCAUCAACAUCACUCUGACAGACGUCAACGACAACCCGCCCAUGUUUCCCCAAAAAAAUUACCAGCUGUACGUCCCUGAAUCGGCUCAAGUAGGGAAACCGGUGGGGAAGAUCAAAGCCAAUGAUGAGGACCUUGGCAUCAAUGCGGACAUCAAGUACAGCAUCAUUAACUCAGAGGGGGCCAAUACUUUCUCCAUAUCCACAGACAGGGACACGAGAGAGGGGAUCAUCAGCCUCAAAAAGCCUCUGAACUACGAGAGAAAGAAGACCUACACUCUUCACAUCGAGGGAAUGAAUACACAUGUGGAUCCUCGUUUUUCCUAUCUUGGUUCUUUCAAAGACACCGCCACCCUUAAAAUCACAGUUGGGGACGUGGACGAAGCCCCGGUCUUUUCUAUAGAUCAUUACAUCCUGGAUGUAUAUGAGAACUCGCCGAGUGGCACGGAGGUGGGCGUUGUAACAGCUCGAGAUCCUGACAGCAGGAACAGUCCUGUCAGGUACUUCUUGGACAGCAAAGAAGAAGGAGUACGGUACUUCAGAAUCGAUGAAAGCAGUGGACUUAUAAGGACAACGCAGCCUCUGGACAGAGAGGACAUGGCUUGGCACAACAUCACUGUGAUGGCCUCGGAGGUUGACAACCCCAGCCUCCUCAGCCACGUUCCUGUUACCGUCCAGGUGCUGGACGUGAACGACAAUCCGCCAGAAAUAGCCACAGACGAGGAGGUCAUUGUGUGUGAGAGCUCAAGGCCAGGACAGGUGAUCCAGACCGUCACGGCAGUGGAUAAGGAUGACUUUGCCAAUGGACAGCGGUUUUCCUUUGCUUUGCCAAGCCAGCUACCAGUUAAUCCCAACUUCACCCUGAAGGACAAUGAAGACAGCACGGCCAGCAUCAUCGCCAGGCGGCGGCGGUUUAACCACCUGAUCCAGGAGCUUUACGAGCUACCCAUCGUUGUGUGGGACGGUGGGGAGCCGUCGCUGAGCGGCACCAGUACCUUGACCCUGCGGGUGUGCCCGUGCCAGCGCCACGGGAGGAUCCGGAUGUGCCAGGGCGAGGCGUUCCUCUCCUCGGCCGGUCUCAGCACAGGGGCCCUCAUCGCCAUCCUGCUGUGCAUCGUCAUCCUGCUGGCCAUCGUGGUUCUCUUCAUCACACUGAGGCGGAGCAAGAAAGAGCCCCUUAUCAUCUCUGAGGAGGACAUCAGAGAGAAUGUGGUUACCUACGAUGACGAGGGCGGAGGUGAGGAGGAUACCGAGGCCUUCGACAUAAUCGCCCUCCGUAACCCAGCUGCCGCUGAGGAGCUCAAGUUCCGACGGGACGUUCGCCCGGAGGCAAGAAAACACUGCAGUGUGUCCCGCAGCCACCGGAGCCCAUCGGUGCAGCUGGACGAGGUGGACGUACACGAGUUCAUCAAGCAGAGACUGGUGGAGGCCGACAUGGACACCAGUGUGCCCCCCUACGACUCCCUCCAGACCUAUGCUUACGAGGGCCAGGGAUCACCCACAGGAUCCAUCAGCCCUUUAGACACUCCUGGCACACAAUCAGAGCAGGAUUAUAACUACCUGGAAGAAUGGGGGCCCGAGUUCCAGAAACUGGCAGAACUCUACGGAGAGGCAGAUUCAGAUGUGACGACUUAG